GCAGGAAGCAGGAGAACUCAAUGUAGAACUGGGCAGCCACCUGGUAUAAAUGCCACACAGGUGCAGCUCUCCACAAGGAAGGCUUUUCAACAGAUACGGGUGGUCUUUAUAUGCACCAUGCCAGAACACAGUGAUGCCAGCCUGCCCCCUGAAGAGAGGAUCCGAGCUCUGGUGCUGAAGGGGACAUCGGUAGAGGUGAAUGACGACAUUCCUCCCAAGCGCUACUACAGGUCUGGAGUGGAAAUGAUCCGAAUGGCCAAUGUGUACGCCGGGGAGGGCAGCACAGAAAACGCCUUUAUCUUGUACAACAAAUAUAUCACGCUCUUCAUAGAGAAGCUUCCCAGACAUCGGGAUUACAAAACAGCCAAUGCACCUGAGAAGAAAGAGACCCUAAAGAAACUGAAGGAAGUUGCGUUUCCCAAGGCAGAGGAGCUGAAGAAAGAACUUCAUAAAAGAUACAAAAAAGAAUAUGAAGAAUACUCGGAGAAAAAGAGGAAGGAGGAGGAAGAGCGUGCUCGCCGCCAAGCUCUGCAGCAGCAACUUGAUGCAGAAAAGCAACGAGUGGCUCUUAUGAAGCAGCAACAGGAACAGCAGGAACAGUUUCAGGCCUUUGAGGAAAUGAUCCGCAGAAAGGAGAUGGAGGCUGAGCGACUCAGAAUCUUACAUCAGUUUUCUAAAGAUGACUCUGAACCCGAGUCACUCGGGGGCCCUCUCAUAUCUGGGGUGAAUGAGCCCCCUGUCACUCCUCUGCUCCCUUCAUAUGGAACUGUACAGCCACAAACACCUGCUGUAGACAGAUCUUUGAAGCCAUCCUCUUAUGGCAAUAACAGUAGUGGUGCUACCAGUGACGGGCUACGCCAUGUAAAGAUUCCGCGAGAUGUGUGUUUCAAGUUCCUGCACCUGUCAGAGAAUAACACGCAGAGAGGGGUGGAGACCUGUGGCAUUCUCUGCGGGAAACUGUUGCAGAACGAAUUCACAAUCACACACGUCAUUGUACCCAAACAGUCAGGGGGCCCUGAUUAUUGCAACACCGAGAGCGAAGAGGACUUGUUCCUGAUACAGGACCAACAAGGACUAAUCACACUUGGCUGGAUACACACCCACCCCACCCAAACUGCUUUCCUCUCCAGCGUGGACCUUCACACUCACUGCUCUUACCAGAUGAUGCUUCCAGAAUCCAUCGCCAUUGUCUGCUCGCCCAAAUUCCAGGAAACAGGAUUCUUUAAACUGACGGAUUACGGCAUGAAGGAGAUUGGUGAAUGUCGGCAGAAAGGUUUUCAUCCCCACUGCAAAGACCCACCUCUGUUCUCUUCCAGUAGCCAUGUUUCAGUGACCGAGCAGGAUGUCACUGUGAUGGAUCUACGAUAAUUCCAGCAGGGAAUGUGCCAAUUCUGCGCUCCAUCCUCCUAACCCCCGAGAGCCAUGAAGCGAACUGCGAAGAGCUGAAUGCAUAUCUGUACAGAACAGUGCACACCUGUGGCUGUGUCACCUCUCCUGUGGAUUUUAGGACAGGACUCAGUCUGAGUAGUGGAAGGAGUCUACUAUUACUGUGCAGUUAAAGAUGGAUUCCAUCCCUUUUCUGCUGCGUAUGAAAAUCUGCAGUGCACCGUCAGCGACCAUAUCUGAUCUGGACUGUUACUAACAUGUGCUGAACACUAGACAGCGGUUGAGGGCGUUCUCCAUUUUGGAGUUGUCAGACGCAUUGUAGUACUUGAGAUGAUGGACCCCUUUGUGUAAAUACUGUCAGAUUAAUCUGCAAAUGGCACCCUAGGCUAUAGAAAUACUGUUUUACCUUAAAGAAAUUCCAGCACAGAUAAAGUCUAUUUUUAAUCCACACUUUAAUUAUUCUAUUCACCCCCUCAAAUGGAAAAUGUUAUUUUACUAAAAGGAAUUGUACAUACAUUAAUUUAUUUGAUCUGCUUCUCAGCGGUAGGUUGGGAAAAUGACCUUGUGCCGUUUUGACGAUAGAGGAAAUUUGUUAACUCUAUAUAUUCUCCUAGCAUUAAACAUUACAAAUUCCUUUGCAGUGGUCAUUACACAGUCUGACUGUAAUAUGGUCUUCCUGAAAGUGAAAUGUACCCACAAACUUCCCAUAUUGAAAUGAUGGGCCUUCUUGAAACCCCCAUAGACCAUUCCUUAGCGCAAAUGCUUGCUUUUCACCUUGAGUUGUUGGAAGCAGAGAAUAGCAUAGUUGGUUGCUAUGGGUUCUGGUGAUAACUUACACCUUUUUUUCGGAAAGGUGGACCACUAACAUCUGUCUGUAAUAAUGUCUCACUAAAGACAAAUGCACCCUCAACACUGCAAUAUAGAUUUCAUGAUGUCUAUCAGACUUUUUCAGCUCAAGCCCUCCAAGGAGAUCCAACCUUUGUUGAGGUUCAGGUACAGCCUAUGAUUAAGUGCCCACUGGCACGAAACGCGUAAGGCUAUGUAAUUAUUUAUUUUUGUGGCCUAAUUAAAGUUGUCGGUUCUUUUACAAG